AGAGAGAGAGAGAGAGGGGGGGGGACGGUUCAUGACAGAGGAAGGAGGUCAGCUCGGCGUUUGAGAGGGAAAAGGACAGAAGAGGAAGCUCUGACUGUGUCCGAGCUUCUCCUUUCUGUGUCUGCGGUGAAAUGUUCUCCACGGAAAUGGAGGCGGCGCAGGUGGCCCGGACCCUGGAGCUGAACGACGGCACGCGGAUGCCGGUUCUUGGUCUGGGGACGUGGAAGUCCUCCCACCUGCCCCGCACCUCGGUCCAGGGCGCGGUCGAGGCCGCCAUUGCCGCCGGCUACCGCCACAUCGACACGGCCUUCAGCUACGAGAACGAGGUGGACGUGGGCAAGGCCCUGCGCUCCAAGACGCAGCAGGGCGUCGUCAGGCGCCAGGACAUGUUCAUCGUCAGUAAGCUGGGGUCCACGCACCACGCCCCCGACGACAUCCCUCGGUGCCUGGACAAGUCCCUGACCGACCUGCAGCUCGACUACAUCGAUCUGUACCUUGUGCAUUUCCCCGUCGGCCUAAAGAAAAUCGGUGACGAGCAUUUCCCGAAAAAGGACGGAAAGGUGUUGACCUCUGACACCGACUACGUAGACGUGUGGAGGGGGAUGGAAGCUCUGCAGGCUUCAGGGAAGGUGAAGAGCAUCGGCGUGUCCAACUUCAGCAUCCUGCAGCUGGAGCGACUCCUGGCCCUGUGCAGGGUGCCCCCUGCUGUCAACCAGGUGGAGCUGCAUCCCUACCUGGUGCAGAGAGACAUGAUCGACUUCUGUAAGUCCAAGAACAUCGUCCUGACGGCCUACAGCCCCUUUGGGUCGCCGGCGCGACCCCCAGAGAUGAUCAGAGGAGACGUUGAUCCACAUCAGCUCCUGCAGGAUCCUGUCGUUGCAGAAAUAGCCAGAAAGCACAGACGCAGCUCGGCACAGGUGUUGCUGAGGUACCACGUGCAGCAGGGCGUUGCGGUCAUUCCCAAGAGCGACAAGCCCCAUCGCAUUCUUGAAAACACAAAGAUCUUUGACUUCAGUCUGCCCGGAGACGACAUGGCGGCUCUGAGAGGACUGGACCGGGGCUGGAGGGCCUGUCUGGAGGACGAAGUCAAGUCGCAUCCGUACUAUCCCUUCGUGUGAGGCCGAGAGACGGGACGACAAACUGGACCGACUCACGUCCGCGACAUCGACGAGACUCGACCGACCAGAGACGCGCAGUCGACCACAGCUGAGGCCGAAGUGAAGCGACUUCUCCUGUGAUUCAAUGUGAUUCACCUCCACUGUGAUGGAGUGCGAUUUAAUGUGAUUUGACUCAAAUAACAGCAGUUCUACACGAGACGACAGAAGAAUGUGAUGCCGUUCGAUUCAGGACAAUGUUUUAGUAAAGUUUAGUUCUGCAGCUCAGUCGUCAUCUCAUUUAUACAGUUUCUCUUUGACUUAUAAAACACACUCGACCUCUUUCACACGUCCUCUGUACAAAAGACUAAACUAGAACUUGUCUCAGUCGAGCUCAAACAUCCGCCAGGGUCCAACAGUUUCCUUAAAUUGAACCAAAUCUCACACACUCAAAGAUAUCAGUCCACCAAACAUGUGUUUUUCAUCAAGAUCCAUGAAUUAUUCUCUGUGAAAAUCAGUGAAAACGUCCUAUCUCACAACGUUAAAGAGGUUUUUUUAAAUUCCUGGCUCCAACAUUUAAUGGAUUCUUUCUCGGUUCAUGUUCCAUCCUUCCUCCAAGUUUUGUGGAGCUCUGUUCAGUAAUCUUUAUCUUUAUCUUAAUCCAACCAACAGACCAAAUUCAGUUUACGAAUGUGAAAGUAAUGAACAUGUUGAUCGGCUCUUUUCUGUUUUGCUGAAAACUUGAGAAGCUGCUCAUGUUCUCCUGUGGUGAAUAAAGUUGCGUAAAAAACA